AUGGGUAUCGACGGUAAUUGUGGGUAUCGGGCCGUUGCCGAUUUUCUCGGAAAAGGAGAAGAAUAUCACCCUCUUAUUCGACGGACACUUAUUUCGGAGUUGACUUUGCAUAGGGACAUCUACGGCCGACGUUAUGAGAAUCAAGCAAACAUUGAUAAAAUUUAUGUUUUCCUUGUUCCAUCAAUAACCGGUCUCGCACCGGUUUCAAAGUGGAUGUCAUUCCCCGAGAUGGGCCAUCUUAUAGCAAGUGCGUACGACCGGGUGUGUGCCGAUUUGACGAGAUUUGGUUUUUCGGAGAAAUUCUUUACGCUUCAUAUUCGCCCACCUUUAGACGUGUCCGGCCGCAUCAUUUGUAUCGGGUUGUCCUAUUUCGGCUACAUCUUGCGAGGGGACGACACAUCAUACAAAAGAGGCGGACAAUUGGAGGAUCCUUUUAUUGAAAGAAUGGUGAAGUUUGAAGAAAUGAUGUAG